UACGUUUCAAAUGGCCGACGCUAAUGGAAAAUCGGCCUUUGCGUUAUUCGCAAAACAAAAGAAAAUAAUCAGAUAGCUAAUUAGGGUUUUUUAUAUCUGUGAGUAUUCCGAGUUUCAAUAUUGUUUUUGUUUCGAUUUAUUUGCAGAAAAUUCGAUUGAAUUCAGAUUGAUUUUUGGUCUGGCUGGUGCUUAAUAAAAUUGAGGAAGGAUGGACCUGGAAACAGAGAACAGAAUAGCUCAGAUCCUAAUGAAAGAGGCUGCAGAGCUGCGGCGGCGAGCAGAGGAGGAGGGUGUUGGGGUUUAUCUGCGGCAACCAAAAUUCAGAGGUCGCCCAAAUUCUAGAUUCCUGACCGCAACUGUUCUUGGUGUGCAACAAGGUCUGUCCUUUAGUUGAUUUGUGGAUUAAAUUUUUCCUUUUGUAGUUUGGCAUCUGUUGUUUUCAAUGCUUUUUGUGAUUAGUUUUUUUUUUCUAUUUCUGAAUGUCUCAUGGGUCGUGGAUUUUGGGGCUUGAUAUGUUGUUUUUCGGCCUAGAAUAAUGGUUUACUUUGCAGUGGGGAAUUCUGUCGUGCCAAGCCCUUUCAUGGCUAUUUUAUCUUUACUUGCUGGAUUUUCUAUUUUCUUUCUUGGAGACUAUGUUGAAGGUUCUGCGGUAUGACAAAAAAACCUCAGCAUGAACUAAUCAUGCUAUUAGAAACUUUAACUGCCCAUAUGCUAUCAUGAGUAUACAUUGAAGUUUCUAAUAGCAUGAUUUGUUGAUUCUUAGGUGUAGUCUUUCUGAUACUGUGUUAAUGUGAAAUCAUAUGGAAGAAAUAUAACUCAAGGCAAAAUUUGUUGUAAUCGGAGAUGUUGUUUCAUUAUCUGAUGUAAUACAAUGAGCUUUAUCUCUAUUUUCCUCCUUUUCCCUCUCAGCAGUCAAAUAUCCUAUUUGUGGUAAACUAGUUUCAUGCUUGGACUUUUUUUAAGGAAUAAUGUCAAAGUCUCCUUCACGUAUGCUUAAUGAGUCUAUUUAAUUUGUUAAUGUAGCGAAUCGAGCUGUUGAGGAAAAUGAAAUGUGGCGAGCCAGACAGAAGGAGCUGGACCUUGAUAAUCGGCUUAGAGGAGAAUUAAGUGAUAAGAGUAAAUACGGUGAGAGUUACAGGAGCAAGAGGGACUCGGGGAAUAGAAGUAAGAGGCAUUCUGAUAUUGAUGAGACGGAUGUGAGUGCGAGUCCUUCAUGCUCAUCAAGAAAGAGGGAUGACGAAGGGUUGAGGGAUGAUGAAGUUGAAAAAUUUCUUCAAUCAAGGAUCAAGCGAGGAAGAGGUGCUGUUGGUUCACGAAUGGAUGAAACUGGCCCUUACCUUCCUUCUAAUCCUGAUGCUAAGGGAAAGCAAUUAACAUCCCUUGAUGUCGACCGCAGGGAAGGGCCAGAAAAACGUGUAGUUCUUGGCCCUGAAAAGCCUUCGUCAUUUUGGCGCUCUGAUGCAUCAGAAGAUGAGUCUUCUCUAGAUCAUAGGAAGACCGCAAGUCCAAGGUCAAGGAAGCCAUGCUCGCGAAAGCACAAAUCAAAAGAGAAAUCAAGGGAUAAGGAGAAGAAAAAGAAGAAGAAGAGUAAAGAGAAGAGUCGUAAACAUCGCUAGUAAAAAUGUAUAAUAUCUGAAUUGUGUGUAUCAGCAUCUGUUUUCAUCAAUGUUAAUGUAGAAUAGAAUUCUACCGCUAAAAUGUACCAAAAUUGUAGCUUAUCUGCUAGACAAUUUGAAAUGUAUAAAAACAGAGUAUUCUUUGGCUGUCUUGGUCUCCUUUAUACUUUAUGCUAAAAACAUAAGUAUAUUUUUUGCUAUCUUGUCGAUGGCAGCGGUAACUGAAG